AACGGCCUCGCGUGGGGCCCCGGCGUCAUCAAGCACAGCACAGCGAGGAUUCUUCUCCCCCAAACGCCAAAAGCUUCAAACUGCAGUCCUCCGCCCACCACCACCAGACAGCAGCAGUCCGCCGCCCAGUCGCCGCCGCCGCCGCUAGCUCGCUCCGGCACUCGCCGCCGUCCGGCCUCACCCCGCCGUCGCGUUGGCCUCGACGGCCGCCUCCUCGCUCAGGAUGGCGAGGGAGCUCGCCGGCGCUCUGUGCCGCACCCCGGCGAGGGCUCCCGCAUCCGGGGUCGGGAGCGACGAGAACGCGCGGCCUGCCGGAGCUUCGGUUCCCGCCCCGGCGGAGCCCGUCGCGGCCUCCCGGUCCCCCCUCCGCGCUAUCCAGCCGCCGGGGCAGCCCCGGCGGCCGGUGCCGACGCCCAAGAAGGGUCCGGGGGUCAGGGAAGCGGGCAAGACACCGGCGCGGGUCGGCGCGGCGACCACUCCCCUUCGCCCGACCAAGAUCCCAAGGAAGCCGGAGCAGGUGCAGAGGUUGGGGUUCUCGACGACGGCGGCCAGUUCUGCGCAGGCCCAACGUUCCAAGCUCCGAGACUCCAUCUUGCUCCGGGAGGAGAAUCGCAAUGUGCAGAAUGUUUCGUCAACAUUGCAGCAAGAUGACUCUCAUGCACCUGCAAAAGAACAAGACAACUCAGAAGAUACAUUGAGCCUGCAGCUGGAGUUGGCCAUAAUGAAAACAAUUCUUCUGGAGGAGGUAAAAGCCCGAGCAGAAGCUGACGUAAGGGCAACUGCUUUAGGAGAUGAGCUGAAAGCAGUGAAUCAAUGUACCCUUGAAGCUUGCAGGCAGAAGGAAGCCACAGAAAAGGAACUGAAAUACACAACAUCUGUUUUAGAGGCCCUUGAAUCGGAGCACGUUAUUUUGAUUAAGGAAGUAGAGGAGCUGAAGAAGAACAAUCUGGAGCAGGUUAGUUUGAUAGAGGAACUAGAGGAGCUGAAGAAGAACAAUUUCCAAAGCCCAGUAUUUCGUAAGAAGAGGGAUGUGGAAACUCCGAUGUUAAACACGGAGCUUGAGCAAGAAAUGGAUGAAAUCCAUAGGCAGGCUAUGUGUGAAACGUCUGAGGUGAUUAUAUCCUUACAAAAUCAGUUGUCACUGCAACAUGAGCUAGAUGCCUGUAGCAAAAAAGAGUUGUUGGCCGCCAAACAAAGUCUUGUUUUGUUGGAUCAAUCCAUCGAAAUUCUUGUGCAGAAGGAGGUUCUUGAACAAUACUUUGUUUCAUUACUGAGGGGGAUGGAAGAAGAGACUCGUCAGCUGGAGUCCAAACUAGACCAGUCAAAUAGAUUCUAUGAAGGUAGAAUUAAAGAACUGGAGAUAAAGAUGCAAGAAAUGGAUUAUCAGGCUGGAGCAUUACUUAUUUCAUGGAAUAAAGAAAAAGAGAUAUCAGAGGAAAGGAAGACAUAUGCCGAAGAGAAAAAUAAAGUAAUCAAGCUAUUGGAGAUGUCUAAUGAGGAUGGCCAGAUUACUGUGUGUUCAUUGGAAGAAAAGGUGAAAUUACUCGAGGAAGAAGCAGAACAACUCAGAAGGCAACAGGAAAAACUAGAAAUGGAGCUGCAGAAUGCCAGGCAACAAUUGCUACUUGUGCCAUCCUCUAGGGAAGCAAAGAGCUCCCUGGAAGACAGAAUGGUUGAUUCACCUGACCCAACCAGGCACCCGAGUAAUAUAAACAAUGGGGUCCUGCGUUCUCAGGAGAGUAGAAUAGGUCGAAAGGAGCCUUUUGAAUCAGAGGUAAUGAUGGCAUUCUUUGAAGAGCAAAUGCAAGGAAGCUAUGCAAGCUCAUUAGGUGAUAUAUUCAAAGAAGCUGCAGAAGAUUCUCUUCCUACCUCACAUUCUCUUCCACACAUUACAAGCCAAAUAAAGCCGAAUCCAAAUGCAGUUGAGGAGGCAGUCGAGCUAGACACUGUAGCUGUUGAGUCAACUCCUCUGGUGGAACACCGAGACGAGCCUGGUGAGCCUUCUUCAGAUGAGUGCAUGCAGGAGUCCGACCCGUCAGGUCUAGAGAUGGCAAAGCCACAUUCAUUAGAAAGGGAUUUCUGGUCAGAGAACUCGGAGUUUGAUUCAGAAGAGCAAGUGCCGCCUCCAGCUGUGGAGUCAGUGAUUGAAGUUCUGAAGGAGAAUGAGUUGCCUCCAGUUUCUCUAGUGCGUCCCGAUGAUCCGGUGGACUACACUCAAGCCCCUUUUUUGCUGAAGAGGCUUAGAAGCAGGAACCACUACGAGGGGCAUAGGACAGCAACAGACAAGAGAUUCUGGUCCAUUGAGCAGCAGGACUUGUACAACUCCAUAUACAGUAAGGCCAAGUUGUUUCAUAUGCAGUGGAUAGACUGGGACUAUAUUGAUAGCAUAGAUGAGUUUUCUGGUGUCAGACAGAGAUGUGCCCAUGUGGGGCUUGAGCAGAUGAUGAGUUACCAUUGUGAUUGGGACAUCGAACUGAUUCGGCAGUUUUACUCCACAGUUUAUAUCAGCGAUGACAAUAGCUCUAUUACUUGGAUGGCAGAUGGCAGGAGGGUCACUACCAACAAAAGAGCAUGGGAGGAGACAUUUGGCAUUGCUGGCAGCAUUCACACUGCAAGAAUUCACUCAGAGUUUUUCUUUGAUGAUGAUGACAAGAGGAUCAUGUACACAGCUGCAGAAUGCACAGUAGGCCAAACCAGGGGUCUCUCUCCAUUGGCUAGCAUAGCCAAUAAGAUUAUUUGGAAAACCAUCUAUCCCAGGUCUGGAAGUAUCUGCGGACACAACUGGAACCUCCUACGUCAUAUUGUGGAGCAGCAUCCAUUUGACAUCAUUGCUUUGAUCUUCGAUGAGAUUGAGUUGCUUAUUUCAGAUCUCAGUCGCACUAACCUCUUGUAUGCACCAUACAUCAUGGGGAUGAUCAUGCGAGCUUUUGAAUAUGAUGGACCUAGAGAAACCAGGCACGAUAUCUACAAGCCCAGGCCCGACAAGCCAAAGAAGACAAAAAAAGUUAGUCGUCCACUGGCACCUGCAGUAGUUGCACCUUCUGAGCCACCACCUUCAGCAUGUCAGCCGGAGGUAGAGGCCAAUGUUGAGGCAGAUGACCACAGCCAGUUCGGGGAAGCCGGACACCGGCCCCAGGGAGAGGCAGUGCAGCAUACCAAUGCCUCCUUGUCUUCUCAGAUCCUAGCUCCACGCUCCUCCCUGACACCUUCCCUUGAGGCUACCACUCCCUCACCGCCUCCGGCCCCAGCUGCAUUUCCUGAGCAGGCCAGCAUGAUGCACGCCGGCCUCCGGUGCUUCAGCUCAGCCAGCUGUUUUGGGGCCAAGUCCUUUUAGUCACUUUAGUUGGUAUCAAAGAGAUAAGCGAUGGGUUUAUGUGCUGUCCUUGAUGUCUACCUUGCACUCGUAUUCUGGUUAUUUUGUCUAUAUAUAUCUUGGACUUGUUCACCAUGUAUAUUCUUCUAUCAAGAAAGACCUUGAGAAGAGCGUAUCGAGACUUGAGAAAUCAUUACUAUGAAGGCAUAUGUGUGCCCACUCUGUCUUGUGUGCACUUAGUCAGGGUCCUUGGUCUUCUAAAUUAUAUAUGUGUAUGAUUUUGCAGCUUUUGAUCUUCUUUCAUUGUGGGUUAGGAAUUUGGUUAAUGUGUUCAGAGUCAGGGAGGAACAAGCUCCUAUUCAGCAGCAUCAAGUUGAGUUAUUGGCUAUUGAUCUUGGCUCAGGCUUCACUUUUGUAAUUGUGCUCCUGUCCUGUACAUAAAUAAUCUUCAUGUGUCCAUACUCGAGAAAAAUGUGUCCAGGAACUUAUGAUUCUGAAUAUCGGAGUCUGAUUCAGGAAGACCCUUUUUUCGAAGAAGAAUGGUCCAGGAUCAGAUGGUUAGCCGCUUGGCCAGUGAGGGGUGCUAGCUGUGGGAUGGGCCACAUGGUGGUGAGCAUCAGCUGCUUGCGAAAAUGCUUGCGCGGGACAAGAACCGGCUGGCAUGGCAUGUGUUGGUUCAACUUGGGACUUGGCUUCUGGGCUUUAAAAUUCUUCGCUGGGCGCCGUCAGGUGGUGUUUGGUGCCUGAUUUGAUCUGGUCUUGAGUUUGUGCUGGACAUGCAGUUAGGGUAGUUAGUAAUAGAUACCUCCUCCUCUGGUCUUUGAGUUUCUAACCGGUUGCUGGAAUCAGUGGAAUAUGGCUAAAUUUCAUCAUGAUAUUUGUUUGUGUCCCUCUCUAGCACAUUGAAGUACAGUUUCAGGAAGCUGUUAUUGUUUUUUUUUUUUGCAUAGAUGGGCAUGUCAAGUGUACAUUUGGGGGGGCAUGUAAGUGCCUCAUUUUAGACCUAAGUUUCAGUACUUUUUUAUCAAACUGGUGGUGCUCAGAGCGUCAUAUACUCA